GGGAAUGCUUUCUUUCUUGUUUUUUAAUACUGAGGAUUUGAUAGGUUAGUCCAGCAGUCAGAGCAUAGCUUUUUGACAGGGAACCCUCUUAUAACUUUUGAGAUGAUGUACAAUAGACCCGUCACCACACAUAACAUCUAAACAGAGAUCAAACCCACAACCUAAACUGCCUUAAACUCGAAUGAGCUGAAUGUUGCUUAGAACCUCUGUUCUAGAAACUUCAGUUCAGAAUGAGUAAAGGAAGCUCCGUAGGGGAGAAGGUGAAAAAGUGGGGCGGUUAGAUAGCUGUCAAGCAGAUAUGCACAGAUUUCAGUUCAGUCCGUGUUGUGCACAGAGUUCGGGGCCCAUUUUUUUAACUUUUCGACCUGCUCACCAGCUCACCACCGCGUAAUAUUUAAAGUGCCGCGUACAAUCUGCCACCCAAUGGGCACCGCCUUUCUUUUCUUAUAAAACCCAUCUCUCUUCCCUGCACUGACCAAGUAAUUCUCCUGCAAGAGAUACACAGUGAAUAUAUUCAAUCCUUUCUGUUUUCAUCUAUCAUGGAUAUGAAUUGGGGAAUCCUCAAAUGCAUGCUUUUGGUCAUGAUGCUUGCCUUAUCAACUCAGAUAACUUAUGCAGGGGAGGACAGAGUUGUCGGGAUCUCUCUGGGACAGCCAUUGACAUUAGUUAAGGGCAGGCAUCUGCUUGCCAUAGAUUGCAGUAAUGCUUGUGGAAAGAGAUGUGCAGUGGCAGGGGUGAAGGACAGAUGCCUCAACUACUGCAACGUUUGCUGCAAGGAAUGCCAGUGUGUUCCAUCUGGGACAUAUGGUCACAAGGAUGAAUGUCCCUGCUACAGAGACAAGAAGAACUCCAAGGGCAAAGCCAAGUGCCCAUGAGCACUCACUUCACUCAUCACUGAGUGAGCACGAUUGUGAUCACCACCUAAAUAAUGACUACAUCGUUAUGGCUUCUCUAUUUUGCUCUCUAGUUUAUGCAUAUUGUAUGGGAUCUACAUCGUAUACUGUGCUGUGUAGUCAGUAGAGUGUAACUUUUAUUCCUUAUGAUAUAUAUUACUGAUAUUUUAAAA